ACCUCUUCAAUAACCAGCAGGGAGGAGGGACUUGAGUGUCCAAUAUGCUGGGAAUCUUUUAACAUUGUUGAAAACGUACCCUAUGUUCUAUGGUGUGGCCAUACCCUUUGUAAAAACUGCAUCCUAGGAUUACAAUGGGCCGUUGUGAAAUUUCCUACUUUGCCGCUCCAGCUUCCACUGUUUAUAGCUUGUCCCUGGUGCAGUAUGUUAUCCCUUCGUUUGGUUUAUAGAGGGAACCUUAAGUUUCCCCGUAAGAACUUCUUUCUUCUCUGGAUGCUUGAGAGUAUGAACGGUGACAGAACAAAGUCUCAUAAUUCAUCUUGUGGGGAUCAUCAUCAGACAGCCUGGCCAUCAUGUACAAAGUUCCUAGGAAGUACAGCAAGCCAGUCUAACCGACAAAGGGGACAGUAUGUUCAUCACCAAGAAUCAUCAGGCUCGAGCCAUGAUCACAAUCACAUCAAUGGUUCUCUUGCUAUUGAGAGACUUCAUUCUUCUCUGCGCAAGUCUCUUGUUUUCUUUGUUCAUUUGACAGCCAAGUUUCCUCUAGUAGUCGUAUUUCUCCUGAUCAUCAUGUAUGCUAUACCUGCCAGCGCCGCAAUCUUGGCCUUGUACAUGCUCAUCACCGUUGUGUUUGCUCUCCCAUCUUUUCUAAUUCUGUACUUUGCAUAUCCCAGUUUGGAUUGGUUGGUUCGAGAAAUCAUCACCUGAAAUGCUGUUUUUGUUCUCUUGAUCGUGUGGGACCAAAAAAUUGUGCUACGAAGCAGCAUAGUUGAGUGCAUCUUAAUUGAAUGCAUAAUUUGACGACAUUUCUGGCGUCAGUGCUCAUUGUAAAUUCUUUCAUGGUGUGAGAGGGAGAAAUGUUUCAAGUCAUUUUAGCAAAAAAUUAUCUCAUAUCAGUGUUUGGGUAUGCCAUAUGGCAAUUGCCAGGUUGUAAUUUGUUUUCUACAUAGCAACCAUUCUCCAAUGUCGGAAACAAAGUGGUUCUAAUUAUGUUAAUACAUUUUGAUAAGGAGACUAGUUGUAUUUCCAUAGUAUCUGUAUCAUCAUUUGGGAACUACUGUCUGAAGAUCGGUGCCUGUUCUUUUGUAUGUAUGCUCAAAUGGAUGUCUGAGUUGUCCUCAGUUUCUCUCUGUUAUCUAUCUCA